AUGUCCUCCCAGGUCCAGGCAGUCGUCCUUAUAGACCCUUUGAACGAUUUCCUCCAUCCAAAUGGCAAACUCUACCCUCGCGUCGAAGAGAGCCUGACCAAGACCAACACCAUUGAGAAUCUGCGCAGACUUUUGCACGGGGCGCGUAAGGCCGGUAUCCCCAUCUACUACGGCCUGCACCAGAAAUACGUCGAGGGCAACUACAACGGCUGGAAGCAUUUGAAGUCGGUCCACAAGCUGACGUUGGAGGCCCAUCUUUUUGAGGGCUGGGGUGGCGAUAUCCUAGCAGGGUUGGAGCCGGUGCCCAGCAAUGGAGAUGUCGUCGCCACCAGGCACUUGAACAGCAAUUCGUUCAAAAACACCGAUCUCGACUACCAAUUGCGUCAAGGCGGCAGGGAGCAUCUCAUCUUCGUUGGUAUGGCGACGAACACCUGCGUUGAAGCGACUGCUCGCGACGCUGCUGAAUCGGGGUACAAGGUCACUUUAAUCACCGAUGCCACGGCCGGCUUCAGCCAGGAACUAAAAGAAGCUGCGACAAAUCUGACUUGGCCGACGCUAUAUAUGGAAGAGGUCAUCAGCACGGACGAAUGGCUCGCGACUCUGGGCGAGAAGGCAGCGCUCUAG